UGUAGUCCGGCCCGACCCAGGCGGCACGAGGGGUAAGAGGCGUCGAGGGUCGAGUGAAGCUGAGGUGACCCAGGAAGAUGAAGGAUCACGAGAGAUCUGCCCGCGCCGGCGCACGGGACUAAGAGCCCGGGCCUGGAAAAGCAAGCCUAGAAGGCGGUUGUCACGGCAACGCGAGGACGGUCCGAGAGAGGCGCGCGCGCCCGUCGCGUGAUCGGGCUCCCGGCUUCAGCCGCAGGGGGCGUGGUUGAGGCGGGGGCUGGGAGCGGGAGAGCCGGGCGGAGGCCGUUGCCUGGCAACGCCUUUGCGCGGAGUCCCCGCGGCAGGUCCCCUCCCCUGCGGAGGGGAGCUGGGCGUCACGUGGCCCCGGCCCUGCGGGAGGGGGCGCGGUCGAGGGUCGGCCGAGCGCCGCCGGGAAGGUAGGCCCGAGGAUCGUUCACGCCGGUGCGGGCGCGGACCCCGGCCCCGUGGACGGUGGGGAAACAGGCCCGAGCGGGUCGGUUUAGGAAUCCGCCCUCGGAGAACUGGAAGGUGCAGAUAGGCGGCGGGGUGAUGCAGCUGGCCGGGUGGGCAGGGCAGACCCGCGGGACCGGUGGGCUCAGGUGAGGGGUUCCCGCCCCGCCCUGGGAGAAGGCGUGCAGCUGGAAGGGGCGCCGCCAGCUGUCCCUCGACAAAGGUCCGGCUGGCUGGAUGGAAGGGGCGGGCGGACGUCGGGACGGAGGACGCAGGGGUGAAUCUAGAGUGGAAGUUUGGGUGCUCCCCAACCCCUGCACGCCCUCGGUCCCGCGAAGCCUUCUGGAUUUGGGAAGAGCCUUGCCCCAUGGACUUCAGAGGAUGGAGACUGCAAGGUGCGAGGGGCUCGCGGGAGACCUCUGGCCCCCAGAACUUAAAGAACCUGGCUUGUUGCUCUCUACCUCCUCCCCAGAGAAGUAGCCCCCACACCGAAGUCAUGUCUUUGCCCCACGACUGGUCCAGCCACCUGGUGUCUUUAGACAGAGCUCUUGCCCAUCUGUCCCUCACCGCACUCCAUGUCAACCUGGUGCCUACUGAGCACCUACUGUAUGCCUGGCACGUUUUGGGGUAGUGAAGACCCAACAGUCAGGUGCAGUGGAUCAAACCUCUAUCCCAGUGGCUCAGAAGCAUGAGGCAGGAGGAUCUCAAGUUCAAAGCCAGCCUCAGGAACUUAGUGAGGCCCUAAGCGACUAGGUGGGGCCCUGUCUCAAAAAAUAAAAAGGGCCAGGGAUGUGGCUCAGUGGUUAAGUGUCCUUGGGUACCAGAAAACAGACAACCCAACAGUGAAGAAAACAGAAGCAGGUUUCUAUUUUCUUCCUGCCCUCAAGCUGCUGACACUUUAGGGAGAGAGGGACAGUGAACAUGUAACAAAUCAAUGGUGCUUUCAGGCAGUGGCCAUGCUGUGAUGGAGGGGAAGCCAGGGGCCAGGCAAGGCUCCAGAGAAGAUAGCGGGGGCCAGCGGUGCUGCACAGGCUUAGCAGGAGUUGUGCUGAGGCUUGCAGGGAGCCAGAGGUCACAGUGGGGACAGCGUUCCAACCAGAGGGAUGGCCACUGGCUGGUGGCUGCCCAGGGAACAGCGAAGAGGCUAGUACAGUGGAGCAGAGGGAAAAGGGGUUCUGGUCAUGGAGCUUCUGGCUUUUAUCCAGGGAAGGUGUGAUUUGCCUGUGGGGUGGAGGGAGGAGGCUUGGAAAAGUAGGGUCACUGAAAAGUGGCAUCACUAGUUCAGUUGAAUGAUAGUGGGGCGCUGGACCAGGUGGUGGCCUGAAGGGCAGGGAGGAGGGUCAGGUCCAGGGCCUCAGUGUUACCAUCAAAUGAAGACCCAUCACACAGGUGUGGCUGUGGGCCAGCCUGCCCCUGCUGCAGGCGCCAGGGCCAUGAAGGUGCUGCUCCUCACAGGCCUGGGGGCCCUCCUCUUUGCUUACUACUGGGAUGACAGCUUUGACCCAGCCAGUCUCCAGGGAGCCCGUGUGCUGCUGACAGGCGCCAGUGCUGGUGUUGGUGAGGAGCUGGCAUAUCACUACGCUCGGCUGGGCUCCCACCUGGUGCUCACUGCCCACACCGAGGCCCUCCUGCAGAAGGUGGUAGGGAACUGCCGGAAGCUGGGCGCCCCCAAGGUCUUCUACAUCGCAGCGGACAUGGCCUCCCCUGAGGCGCCCGAGCACGUGGUGCAGUUUGCGCUGGACAAGCUGGGGGGUUUGGACUACCUCGUGUUGAACCACAUCGGCGGCGCUCCGGCCGGCAUGCGAGUCCGCAGCGCUCAGGCGACGCACUGGCUCAUGCAGGUGCCCCGCUUCUUCCGCGGCCCGGCCCCGCCCCUUCUCGCCCUCCCGGCCGGGGCGCGCCUCUCCCAGCCCGAGGCUCCGCCCGAGCGCCAAGGUGCGCCCUCCUCUCUGCCUCGGCUCCUCCCGAAUGAUGUUCGGGCCCCGCCCCUUCGGAUCCUAGGCUCCGCCCCUCCCGACCUUGGCUCCACCCUGGCAUGGAGCUCAAACCCCCCACUGUCCUCGGGCCCCGCCCUCCUUGGCUGGGCCCCGCCUGUGCCCUGUGACUCGACGUCGCCGCCUGCAGGCCAUGUGCCCACCUCCUUCUCCACACCGUACUCGGCGGCCAAGUUCGCCUUGGAUGGCUUCUUCGGCUCCCUGCGGAGGGAGCUGGAUGUUCAGGAUGUGAACGUGGCCAUCACCAUGUGCGUCCUAGGCCUCUGGGAUCGGGCCUCCACUGUCGAGGGAGUCAGGGGUGUCGCGAGGGCCAAGGCGUCCCCAGGACCCAAGGCGGCUCUGGCUGUGAUCCGUGGCGGUGCUACGCGGACCGCCUGUGUCUUCUACCCAUGGCGCUUCCACCUGCUCUGCCUGCUCCGGGGCUGGCUGCCGCACCCCAGGGCUUGGUUCAUUCGCCAGGACCUCAACAUUUCCGCUGCAGUUGCAGCUUGAGUCCCCGGAGGCUCGUCUUCCCAGAAGGGGAGGAACCAUCCAGGGUCCCUGAAACCACUAACAGAGACACCUCUGAGAGGGUGGCCACAGCCCAAGAUAGAGUCAUCAAGACAAAAGCAAAACAAGACAAUCCAUGGGUGUCAGGCACCUUCUCAGUCUUGGAAAGGAGCAGCCAGGCUUCCUGAAUGCCACUAGCGAC